AUGGAUGCACUUAAAAAUUUUGAACGAGCACUUAAAAUAAAUCCUACUGCUCAUAGAUUAAAAUAUAAAGGUAAAUACAACUUUAAAGUAUAUUAGCUGAUUCAUUAAUUGAAUUACGUAGAAGUUCAGAAGCUAAAUACUUUUAUUUUGCUGCAGGUUUUGGUUAGAAUGCUUAUAUAAAAAGCUAACUAUCAAAGAUAUGA